AUGUUUUAGUAAAAUAAGUCGAUUUAAAAAUUUUUUAAAUGGCUGAUCCCAUACACUAGCUUUGAAUUCUCUAAUUUAACAUCGCUGACACAUGGCAUAUAAUAAAUGAAUAAAUACAUCAUCCUACAAUUGAAAGAUUAAUGUCAACUCUAACCCCUGGUGGCGGGGGUCCUGAUAAAGCACCACCAUUCCUUGAUAAAAUUGACCCUUUCAAAAAGGCUAAACGAAAACAAAAAAAGUCUCAAUCUUCAUCAAGAUAUAAUUUAAAUUCAUUAACGGAACUUAAGCCUUUACCUUUAUUUAAAGACACUCCUCAGACUGAGCACCAAGACCUUUUCGUGAAGAAGCUACAGCAAUGCUGCGUGAUAUUUGAUUUCAUGGAUCCAAUGUCCGACCUGAAAAGUAAAGAGGUCAAGCGGGCCUGCCUCAAUGAACUCAUCGAUUACGUCACUAACAGUAGAGGUAUCUUGUCCGAGCCCGUCUACCAGGAAGUCAUACGCAUGAUUGAAGUUAAUAUCUUUCGCACUUUACCACCUACCGAGAAUCAAGAUUACGAUCCGGACGAGGACGACCCUGCCCAGGAAGCCUCAUGGCCACACAUUCAAUUGGUUUACGAUUUUUUCCUUCGAUUUCUCGAAUCUCCGGACUUUCAACCCACGAUCGGCAAAAAAUAUAUCGACCAAAAAUUUGUUAUGAAGCUUAUGGAUUUGUUCGACAGCGAAGAUCCUAGAGAAAGAGACUGCCUAAAAACAGUCCUGCACCGGAUAUACGGGAAAUUUUUAGGACUGCGAGCCUUCAUUCGCAAACAGAUUAACAACAUAUUUCUUAGGUUUAUAUAUGAAACGGAGAAAUUCAAUGGGAUAUCCGAGCUCUUAGAAAUUUUAGGCAGUAUCAUCAAUGGAUUUGCCCAACCCUUAAAAACCGAACACAAACAAUUUUUGAGCAAAAUUCUUAUUCCUUUACAUAAGACUAGACCACUGGCUAUGUUUCACCCUCAAGUAGCUUAUUGUGUUGUUCAGUUUCUCGAAAAGGAUCCAACUUUGACAGAAACGGUAGUUAAAGGAUUGCUUAAAUAUUGGCCAAAAACAUCUAGCCAAAAGGAGGUAAUGUUUUUGGGCGAAUUGGAAGAAAUCCUUGGCGUAAUAGAACCAGUGCAAUUUCCCAAAAUUGAAGUUCCCUUAUUCAAACAAAUAGCCAAAUGUAUAGCCAGUCCGCAUUUUCAAGUAGCUGAACGAGCCCUCAUGAUGUGGAACGAUGACUACAUCCUGAGUCUGAUCGAGGAAAACAAUCAAACCAUUAUGCCCAUUAUGUUCCCCAGCCUGUAUCGUAUCUCCAAGGAGCACUGGAACCAAAAUAUAGUUGGCAUGGUUUUCAAUGUGCUCAAAAAUUUUAUGGAUAUGAAUAGCACCCUCUUUGAUACACUAACUACCAAUUACAAGAAUGAGCGGAACAAAGAAAAGCAGAAGGAAAAGGAACGCGAAGAAACUUGGCAGAAGUUGGAGGCCUUAAGCAUAGAUACCGACCAUCAUAAUGCCCGAAACGUUCGUAAUCCAUCCGCACAUCAUCCUCUUACACCUUUAAAUCCUAAUGACCCCCAUGCAACCAACAUAAAUUCUUCCACUAUAAAUCCAACUAAUGUCACAAACGUUGAUAAAAAAAUAUCCAACCCAUCACCCAAUUCAAAUACCACUAAUACGAGCUCUGUUCUUAACCCGCAAAAUCCUCAUACUUCCAACCAGACAAAGGGUAAUAAUUUAAACCCUAAUCCCAUUACAACAUCGAACGUCACAAAUUACAAUCUCCCCGCUUCUCAAAUUAGUAACAGUAAGAAAUCCUGAAAUUUAGAGACGUUAUUUAAACUACAUUAAUUAUGAAAAAUGUAACUGCAUUUACAAUUGCCCGGUUUUCGGAUACUAUAAACCGCUUUUGUCACUGGAAAGUUAUUAUUCUUUGAAAAAGUGCUGACUAAACCUAAUUUCCAAAAUUAAUAUUUUAUAACAAAUUCGCAAUCUACCUAAUGGAUUCAUUCUUAUAAACAUCUCGCUUUCGAUAUUUUGACGUGGAUUAAUAGAUUUCGGCGUUCCUUAAAUUCUAAUUAUUCAGUAAAAAAAAAUUUAAAUGGUUAUUUGUGAUAUUUUUUUUAUAUUUUUCUUCUCCGUUUAUAUUUAUUAUGUUAUUUAGAAAUAUUAUUAUAACUUUGUAAUUUGUUCGCAUUUUUUAAAAAAAAGGAUGAAAGUUAGCAUUCGGUCAUUUUCUUAUCGCUUUGUAUAACUUAUGUGAUCCUUUAUUAUCAAAUCAAUAUUAUAAAUUAUUUGACAUUA